CUGCCGGGGAAGACUAGGGUAAGGGGAACAGGACUGUGGGCUCAGCCAUUUGACUUUCUCCUAUGGUCUCUUCCGAGCCACCUCUGGCUGAACCUUUGGCCCGACCUCUCAACCUGAGAGAAGCUUGGAGCCCCAAGUGCCUGGACGGGGACAGUGGGAGAAAAGGAGAGAUGAUAGCACACUUAGCCUUAGAGUUGAAGGAGUUAAGGACCCUCCCUCAUCCAGACACCCACCCCUUCGCUCCUGAAACCAUAAUUCGCCAAGGAAGGAACCAAGAAUUGACAGAGGAUCUGGGAAGUUGGGGGUGGGGUGGGAUGGGGGCGAGGUAACUAUGGCCCAAUCUUGCCCAGAGCUUGUCCUCGGUGGGAGGACAUACACCCGGGUCUAAGAACCUGCAAGAGCCCAGCUCCGGCGCCUGCUUUCAUCGAGUCUCCCGCGUGGCCUUGCAGCGUCCACGCCGCCCUUUGCCCCCGCGCAAGUUGUCCGCGCCGCCUGGGGGUGGAGGCGGCCAAAAGACCCCUGGAGCCUGGAGGAGGCGGAGGGCCCGGGGGCGCUGGGGGCCCUCCGUCUGCGCCCAGCCGCCGCUCGCUCUACCGAACCUCCUACCCCGCCCCCACUCACCCGGCUCAGCCCCUAGGAGAGACGCGCAGGAAGCGUGUUGCUUCGCCCAGCCGAUCGGCAGAAGUUGAGAGGAGUUGGUGGCUGCCUCCGGCCGGCCGGACUUUGCGAGCAGCCAGGAGAAGAGACGCCGCCGCUGCCGCGAAGCCUUCGGGGCUGCCUCCCUCCAGCCUAGCCCGCAGCGCGGGUGGAGAGGGGCGGGGAGGGGGUCGGGUGCGCGAGAAGAACUUGAAACUGUGUGAAGGAAUCCGAAGCAGAUGAGACGGGAGGAAAAUAAAACAAAGUGGAGACUGCAGAAAAGACUCAACCGUAGUUGAUUGUAUCGGCUGACGCUCCAGCAGAGGGGCUGGGUUGGUUUUUUUUUUUUUCCUCCCAUUCUCUCUCUCUCUCUCUCUCUCUCUCUCUCUCUCUCUCUCUCUCUCUUUUAAAGCUACACCAGCUCUCUCUUUCUCUACUAUCUCUGUGUCAUCAAACCCUUGCUGGCUCUUAUGGGCAUGAAACACUCCUCCCGCUGCCUGCUCCUAAGGAGGAAAAUGGCGGAGAACGCUGCCGAGAACACCGAGGUGAGCAGUGCCCCCCCGCAGCCCCCUCAGCCCGUCGCCCCACCCAAGCCUGUGCAAUGUGUCCAUCAUGUCUCCACGCAACCCAGCUGCCCAGGACGGGGCAAGAUGUCCAAGCUGCUGAACCCAGAGGAGAUGACCUCGAGAGAUUAUUACUUCGACUCCUACGCUCACUUUGGGAUCCACGAGGAAAUGCUGAAGGAUGAGGUGCGGACACUCACCUACCGGAACUCCAUGUAUCACAACAAGCAUGUGUUCAAGGACAAAGUGGUGCUGGACGUUGGGAGUGGUACCGGGAUCCUUUCCAUGUUUGCUGCCAAAGCAGGGGCCAAGAAGGUGUUUGGGAUUGAAUGUUCCAGUAUUUCUGACUACUCAGAAAAGAUCAUUAAGGCCAACCACUUGGACAACAUCAUCACCAUAUUUAAGGGUAAAGUGGAAGAGGUGGAGCUGCCUGUGGAGAAGGUAGACAUCAUCAUCAGCGAGUGGAUGGGCUACUGUCUGUUCUAUGAGUCAAUGCUCAACACGGUGAUCUUUGCCAGGGACAAGUGGCUGAAACCUGGAGGGCUUAUGUUUCCAGACCGGGCAGCAUUGUACGUGGUAGCAAUUGAAGACAGACAGUACAAGGACUUCAAAAUCCACUGGUGGGAGAAUGUCUAUGGCUUUGAUAUGACCUGUAUCCGGGAUGUCGCCAUGAAGGAGCCCCUGGUGGACAUCGUGGAUCCAAAGCAAGUGGUGACCAAUGCCUGUUUAAUAAAGGAAGUGGACAUUUACACGGUGAAGACGGAAGAGCUGUCAUUCACAUCUGCCUUCUGCCUGCAGAUACAGCGAAAUGACUACAUCCACGCCCUGGUCACCUAUUUUAAUAUUGAAUUUACCAAGUGCCACAAGAAAAUGGGGUUUUCCACAGCCCCCGAUGCCCCCUACACCCACUGGAAGCAGACUGUCUUCUACUUGGAAGAUUACCUCACUGUCCGGAGGGGGGAAGAAAUCUAUGGGACCAUAUCCAUGAAGCCAAAUGCCAAAAAUGUGCGAGACCUCGAUUUCACGGUAGAUUUGGAUUUUAAGGGACAGCUGUGUGAAACAUCUGUAUCUAAUGACUACAAAAUGCGUUAGCAUACGUGGGAGGCUGCAGACAGCGAGCAAGAAGAGAAACUCUUGCCUCGAUCUGCGGCUCUGUAACAAGGAACACCGUUUGCAGGACUACACUCUCGAAAACCAGAGUUUUUAAAUUCUGCCUUGAAGAUUGGUGAACUCACCAGGGCUCCCGUGGGCCACUGGACAGAGAGCUUCCAGUUCCUCAGCUCUGCUCUGGGAGCCCUUCACAGAGGCUUUGUUGUCGCCGACAAAGAGCAACCUCCAGUGCUGUGGCUGGGGCCCCCGAGGAUGGAAAAGUAUACACGUAUACCCAUUUGUCCUCCUUAACUGUGAAUCUCUGGAACUUCCAAGUUUUGCAUGCUGCAGGCAUCUAGGACAGAUUGCUUCACUAGAACCUGGAGACAUAGUGUCUUUGAUAGCAUAAGCCAGAUUACCUGUCUGUGCGGUGGUGUGCGUGUGUGCGUGUGUGUGCGUGUGCGUGUACAGCAUAUACAUUAGUUUAUUUACCCACACCUGUAUAUGCAUGCAUAUACAACCACGUGGGUAUAUUUCUGUGUUCAUUCAGGGUGUGUGUGUGUGUGUGUGUGUGUGUGUGCGUAGAAUAUAUAUUACUCUCAGAGGAGAUUCUGUUGCUUUCGAAUAGGAAUUUGUUUUGUGAUUAGUUCUCCCCACUUCCCAUCCCUUACAGAUGUUAAGCAGCUAUGAAACGUUCUCUGUACUAGCUCUGGUCUUCUUCUGACUAGACUGUGGCUCUGAACCCUGAGCAUAGUACCACGCACUCUGUUGGCACUCAAUAAAUGCACAUGAGAGCGAA